CAAAACAGCUGUGAAUCAUAACUUCUUCAAAGCUACAGCUGAUGGAGAAUAUGUAUCAAAAUAAAUUACUCUCAAAAUACAUAUUCGAAAAUCUAAAACUUUAAAGAACUUAUUAUAGAGAAUUCAUUGAAUCUGAUAUUUUCCAAUAUUAUAAUUUUAAAUCGGAUGAUGCUCAUAGAAAAUAUUGUUGGUUGGUAUCAUUGUUAGAAACGGAUGUUUCGCGUCCAUUUUCCUACUCCAUUGUGUGUGUGCCUGCCCAGUGUCUUUUUCCGGUUAAUUCCCAGGCAUGGCUCGUGGACCUAAGAAGCAUUUGAAGCGUCUCGCAGCGCCGAAAUCAUGGAUGUUGGACAAAUUGGGUGGUGUGUAUGCACCCCGACCCAGCACAGGUCCACACAAGCUGCGAGAAUCUCUCCCACUUGUCAUAUUUUUGCGUAAUCGGCUCAAGUACGCUUUAACUAACUGUGAAGUGAAGAAAAUUGUGAUGCAGCGUCUCAUCAAGGUUGACGGCAAAGUGAGGACUGACCCCAACUAUCCUGCAGGUUUUAUGGACGUUGUUCAAAUCGAAAAGACAAACGAGUUCUUCCGUUUGAUCUAUGAUGUUAAGGGACGUUUCACCAUCCACAGGAUCACAGCUGAAGAAGCUAAGUACAAGCUGUGCAAAGUGAAGAGGGUUCAGACAGGACCCAAGGGCAUUCCAUUUUUGACCACUCACGAUGGACGCACCAUCAGGUAUCCAGACCCCUUGGUAAAAGUCAAUGACACCAUCCAAUUGGACAUUGCCACAUCCAAAAUCAUGGACUUCAUCAGAUUCGACUCUGGUAACCUGUGUAUGAUCACUGGAGGUCGUAACUUGGGUCGUGUGGGCACUGUCGUGAACAGGGAGCGACACCCGGGGUCUUUCGACAUCGUGCACAUCAAGGACGUGUUGGGACACACUUUUGCCACUAGGUUGAACAACGUUUUCAUCAUCGGCAAGGGUAGUAAAGCAUACGUGUCUCUGCCCAAGGGCAAGGGUGUGAAGCUCAGUAUUGCCGAAGAGAGAGACAAGAGGUUGGCCGCCAAGGCUUCUUCUGGUUGAAGUGUUUUUUAAAAAAAAUGUAAAAAUAUAAGUUGUUUUCAACCGA